CCAAGCUGCAGACCUGCUCAUAUUGUCAGAGAAGGGGGCAUUCCGCUGAGAACUGCUACACGAAGCAGCGAGAGGAGCGGGGCAAGGGAGGUCGGAAAGGCCGUAUUGAGGCCCUGGAGGAAGAACUGCGAAGGCUGAAGGCCGAGGAGGAAGAGAGCGACGAGGAGGAUAGCUCAGCGAGGCUAGCCCGAUCUCGGGAGGGAGAUACCGAAGAGAAGGGGGAGCCGUUCUUUAUGGCCUCGGGGGGGGGCCGGGACAAAGAGGAGCUUGGUCUGCGCAGCGGAGGAGUCGACCGCCGACGUGAAGUGCAGCAGGGGAGGCGAGGGCCGAGGGCCCGAGUGAGUCCGACCCCAGGGCGGACGGGACCAGCAGAAGCUGAAGCCAGGGCCCCUGCAGGGGGCAGGCAUGGCCCUCACCGUCAUCCAUUUGAGCGGAUGGCGGCGAAGCCAUGCGUGGUUGAGGCUAUGGAGGGAGCAGUCGCUGUGGAAGGGAAAUACCCCGGGACUACGAUAAUCGAUACAGGGGCUUCACAAGUGCUGGUGGGAAGGCGCCUGGCCGAAAGGCUGGGGUUGCACCGAGAGGAGAAUGUGACGCCUGAAGGGGUCAGAAUCCAGACAGCAGAGGGAGGAGCAGGGAAAUGGCUGCCCAGGACACUGAGGCCUCAGGAGGUGGUGCUGGCCCCAGGAGCAGAGGAUGAGACGAGGAUUCGUGUGCAUUGCCUGGUCUCAGACUCAGACGACUAUGACCUGUUGUUGGGAAUGGAGCUGCUCUACAAAAUAGGAGCAGUGGUCGACACUUGGACCGAGAAGGUUACUUACCAGCCUCGCUACUGGGACCACGAGCUGAGUCAUGAAGAGAGCUUGGCAGUGGCUCUGCCGGCACGCUUCCUAAGGAGUCCGCCCGGAUAUCGAGGGCCCCCAAUGGAGAAGGUGCCAGAGCAGAGAUUCGAGGACGCAGGAGUGUAUCUGGAGCGAGCAAGCGAGAGGAGAAAGAGGGAGGAAGCGGCGGGGCCACGACUGGCAGAGUACCGGGAAGCAAAGGGGCUCACCGAGCCCACAUACGACUUCGAAACCUUCAACCGACCCAUAGCCCUGCUAGAGUUGUUCGGGGGAGUUGGACCAGGAUUGGCGGCGUGCGUACGUACGGGGCUCACCAUUGCACGAUGGAUACAUGUGGAGAAGAAGGAAGAGGUGCGCUGCAUGGCAUUUCAUCAUGCAAGGCUCCUUAGUCGGGAAUUUCCGGAGAGGCUGCCCGUGGAAGUGGUCGAGAGGGCUGAGAGGGAGGCAAGUGCGAUGAAUGAUAUCGGCGCUGUUACUCAGGAGACGGUGGAGAGCUGGGGGCAGAUUGACCUGCUAGUGGCCGGAUGGGAAUGUCAGGGGCUGUCCAGGGCGGGCAAGGGCAGGGGGCUAUCGGACCCGCGCACCGGCCUCCUCCGGGAUCUUAUCCGAGUGAUGAAGCUGAUAAAGAGGAAACAAGGACCGCUAUCCUACAUAGUGGAGAAUCUGGAUGUGGCGGACGAUGAGCGUGCAUUGGUGAGAGAGGCUCAUCAAGCUGUGACGGCAGAGUUGGGACACGGGGUAGCCUGGGAUGCAGCACAAAUGGGGUCCCGGACUCACAGAGUGAGACGCUACUGGCAGAACUUGGUCCCGGAGCCAGUGCUCAGAGAUCAACUGAGUAGGAUGCAGCGGCCCGUGCCACGGCAGGUCCAGGAUAUUCUAGAGCCGGGCAGGAGGCCGGCACCGGUAACGACCCCAGAGGUCAAGACACAGUUUCCCUGCAACCAAGUGGGAGAGCCGAGGCAAGCCUGGCCGACUUUGGUGGCAACACCUGGCAGUUACGCCUUUCGCAUGCAAGGCAGUGAGCCGGGACCCGGGAUGGUGCAAGUACUCGCUACGGGGCAAUGGGAGGAGCCUAUGGCGGUGGAAAGGGAGAGGGCGCUAGGGUACAUGAGAAACGCGACGGCGGCGGAGGGGAUUUCAGAAGAAGCGAGGAGGGCAGCGCUAGGGGGAGCCAUCGACCAGCACGCGCUAGUCUGGUUGCUGUACCGGGCGGAGAAACGGCAGGAGGUGAUGAGAAUGCAGCUGCUAAUGCACUGGCGGUGGAAGGACCUGCAAACGAUGCUGGAGAGCGACCCAGCGCAGGCGCUCGACAUGGCAGAGGCCUGGCAACGCAUGAAGGCGGAGGCUUGGGCCGAGGUAGAGCGAGGAGAGAACCAGCUGAAUAUUCGGGGGAUAGCGCUCCUGGCCAAAGCUAUGCAAGAAGCAGAAGCCGUGGAGGAGAUAAAGGAAGAAGGGGAAAGCAAGCCAGUAGAAGAAGAAAAGGGGCCACCGCAAGUCGACAGUCCACCGGCCUGGGAGAUGGGAGACGGGCUAGAGGAGGAGCAGAAGGGAGAGUUGCGGCGUGUACUGGAAGGGGCAAGGGGAGCCUUCGCUUACUCUCUGAAGGAGUUAGGCAAGUGCACCAUAGCUGAGAUGGAGAUAGAGCUGCAAAGCAACGAACCAGUGUAUCAGCGGAGAAGACGUAUGAGUCCAGGGGACAGAGACAUUGCUGUUGCAAAAUGCGCAGAGCUGUUGGAGGCGGGGUUGAUCAGGGAGUCCACAUCAGAAUAUGCAGCAGCGACAGUGGUAGCCGCAAGGAAGGAUCUAACCGGUGAAACGUUAGCCCGACGAAUGUGUGGGGAUUACCGAGGUCUUAACCGGAUCACCAAGAGCGACCGGUACCCAAUGCCCAUGGCCGAGGAGAUCUUCGACAAGCUGGCUGCAGGACAGGUCUACUCAACCUUGGACCUCCGUCAAGGAUUCAAUCAGAUACCAAUCAAGGAGGAGGAUAAGGCUAAGACGGCGUUUCAUGGGCCAGACAGACUGUACGAAUGGAAUUAUAUGCCAUUCGGGUUGAAGAACGCUUCAGCGAGGUUCCAGCGAGUGAUGGAUCAAGUGCUGAGGGAGGUACCGCGUGCACUCUGUUACAUAGACGACGUGGUAAUCUUCAGCGAAAACGGGUUGCAGCACGUGGCAGAUGUAGCCGACGCCCUAGCAGCAAUACAAGCGGCCGGACUGAAGUGCCAUCCAGGAAAGUGUCAUUUCGGGGUGAGGACAGUGGCGUACCUGGGGUUUCAGGUGGGGAAAGGAGGCCUCUCGGUGCAGCAGGCCAAAGUGGAGGUGGUCGAUAGACUCAAAGCGCCAACAGAUCGGAGCACCCUCCGCGCUCAGCUGGGCUUUCUGAGCUACUACCGCAAGUUCGUGCCGAACUUCAGCAAGACGGCAAGGCCCUUGAAUCUGCUCCUGAGAGAGGACAUGACCUGGAAGUGGGAGGCAGAACAGGAUCUGGCGUGGAAGACCUUGAAGGAAGCAGUGAAGACCGCGCCUGUCCUGAAACUGCCCAGCCCGGAUAAGCCCUACACGUUGUAUACUGACUGGAGCAGCAGUGGCAUGGGGGCAGUACUGUGCCAGCUGGAUGGGGGGACGGAGAGGGUAGUAGCAUAUGCCAGUCGGUCAUGCAGCCCAGCCGAAAGCAACUACAGUUCCUAUGAGGGGGAAGGGUUAGCCGCAGUCUGGGCGGUGGAACUCUUCCGGCCUUACUUGCAAGGCAGGAAAUUUACCCUAGUCACCGAUCAUCAACCUCUCCUGUGGCUGAUGACUAAUCAGACUCUGAAAGGGCGGAAUGCCAGGUGGGCCAUGCGGCUGCAGGAAUUCGAGUUUGACGUGAAGCAUCGGCCCGGGAAAACCCUGCAGCAUGUGGACGGGCUCUCCAGGCAGGGGCCAGCAAUAGCUGGGGAACCAGAGGUGGGAGCGGAGACUGUGCUUUCCUUCAUGGCGGUGUCCGCCGAGAAGGAGGGGUGGACUCGGAGCUGUCGCAUAAAUCGCAUGAACGGAAAAGUGUCAUGAGAUAUAUGGGACAGCGCGGAAGGGAAGAGGUGUAGAAAGUGUAAGGAAAAUACGUAAAGAGGAUUGUUAUGCGGGGUAAUGUGGGGAAGUACAGUGAUGGGUCGAAAAGCUCAUGGGAUUGAGCGGGCGAGACAGCUGGAGGUGGCGAAUGGGAGACAGUGUCCAGCUCAGUGGGGACAGGAGCGGCUGGUUAGGUCGACAUGCAGAAGAGUGAGGGAGGUAAGGGGCCGGAUUCAGGGGGACAGCGAGGAGGCGUAAUCAUUAGUGCAGGUAAAAAGGCUAACCUCGAGGGAGUGAGGGACCUGGGUGACGGAGUGCCUUCGGCUAGGAGUAGCGUAAAGGAGCUUGUUCGUCGUAUGUCAGCUACUCUGUUUGUUCUCUCGUAACAUUGGGAAGGUUGUAUGGCUCUUGCUAGUGAAUACAUUUUUCUGAGCUAA